CUGCAUUCACCGUAACUCUGACUCUCCUUGGUGGGUGUCUGGGUGAAGGUUCACUGCGGUGACUCUGUAGCUAACACAGCUUUGCACAAAACCAGUUAGAUAGCUACAAUGUCCGGCCGUGUUCUCGUUGGAGUUAAGCGUGUCAUUGACUACGCAGUCAAGAUUCGCGUGAAGCCGGACCACAGCGGCGUGGUGACGGAUGGCGUGAAGCACUCGAUGAACCCCUUCUGUGAGAUCGCUGUGGAGGAGGCGGUCAAGCUGAAGGAGAAGAAGCUAAUUAAGGAGGUGGUGGCUGUCAGCUGUGGGCCACAGCAAGUACAGGAGACCAUCCGUACUGCCCUUGCCAUGGGGGCUGACCGUGGCAUCCACGUGGAAGUGUCUGGGAAAGACUACGACAACAUGGGACCCCUGCAGGUCUCCAAGAUCAUGGCUGCUCUGGCCAAGAAGGAGGAGGCUCAGCUUGUUAUCCUUGGCAAACAGGCCAUUGAUGAUGACUGCAACCAGACUGGCCAGAUGACAGCAGCCCUACUGGACUGGCCUCAGGGCACGUUUGCAUCUGAGGUAACACUGGAAGGAGACAAGGUGAAAGUGGUGAGGGAGAUUGACGGUGGCCUGGAGACCAUUAAGAUCAACACGCCAGCAGUGGUGACAGCAGACCUUCGACUAAACACCCCCAGAUAUGCCACCCUGCCUAAUAUUAUGAAAGCAAAGAAGAAGAAGAUUGCUAACGUGAAGCCUGCAGACCUGGGGGUGGACAUGGCUUCACGGGUGGAGGUGCUGAGAGUGGACGAGCCCCCACAGAGACAGGCAGGGAUGAAGGUGGAGACGGUGGAGGAUUUGGUGGGCAAACUGAAGGAGGCAGGGAGGAUAUAGAGGCUCCGGGAGCCUGAGCAGGGGAGCGCAGAGCUUAGCAGAGAGGACUCUACACUGAACAACUGGACUGUGUUAUGUAAGCAGACCUGGAGGAGAAGCUUAUGUAUCAUCUAAUCCCUCUGUUUGGGGCUGUGACUCCUGUGGUUAUGCAGUGAAAGAAUUUACCGGAGAGAAGGAGUACUGAGAAACACUUCCCUGCAGCAGCCCCGAUCAGCCUCAAAGAGAGAUUGUCCGGUCUUUCAUGUGCAUUUUAAUUUACAUGGGUGGUACAUCUGUAUUCUAGGCUACUAAUCUGUCCGUGAGUGUAGACGGCUCAGAAUGGCAUGUCUGCACUCUUAAAUGCAAUACUUUAAAGCCAACACCUUUCAUUUAUUCAUUGCUGCUGUUUGUAUGUCACUGUACAUUAUGCCACAAGUACAUCACAUUUUAACAACAGUUGAAAUGACUGGUGCGGUUUCACCAUAUACAUUUUUAAUCCUACAUAUUAAGAGGUGCAGUUUGUAUAAAAGAUGUGUAAAUAAAGACCCAACGCAAAUAUCAGCAGCGUGUCUGCUGACUUGGUUGUAUAAAGUUCAUGUAAUUAUAGCUCGGUUUCAGGUCUGCCUGGACAGUGUCUCUCAGUAUGAGCAAGGGAAAGUUCAUACCAUAAGCGCCUCAGUUCUGUGUUGAUUGUACAGGACCCUACCACGACAAUAAAGCAAACAGUCUUUUUCAUAUCAAAUUCA